CUCAACAUGGAGGCUAAGUCUGACUAUUAGAAGAUCCUAUUGAUUUAAGGGGUCAUUGGGUCAAAAGUCAAGGUCACAGUGACCUUGAAUGCUAAAAGGUUGUACUAAUAAUGACUGGACAAAGCCUGCACCCAUGGCCCUUGAACAACUUGACUUUGGGGUUGGGCCUGACCAGUAGGUGAGCCCUAUUGAUUUGUCACAGACCAUUGAACGCAAAAAGCUUGCCUGUGUGACAACUCAACAAAGUCUCCACCCAUGGCCUUCAAACUUGAAAUUUAGGUUUGGGGUGACCAGCAGAUGACCUCUUUGGAUUUGGAGGUCAAGGUCACAUCUCCAAUAUUGGUCAUUAAAACUAUGUCAUUUACUUAUUCCCUGCUGCUAAGAGGAUACAUGUUUAUCAGCAAAUAUCAGCCAUCAUCUGAAUAUGAGUGAAAACUGUACCAACUACCCUCAUACUUUGAAUAGCAUAAUCUUAAAACUGCCUCAAAGGCAUCUUUUGUCAAUAAAAAAACAGCUGUCAUUUCGGUCCAUGCAUAUUUCAUUCAAUUGUCCAGAUAUUCUUGACAACAUGGCGCUAAUUAAUGCUGCAGGUUUGAAAUUUAAGACAUUAGUUUUUUUUCUUCAGCACCAUGCAGAUUUAUUAACACUUUUAUAAUAAAAACAAACUAGUAAACAAAUUUUAAAGAUAUUAGUUUUUUUCAUGGUAUGAUGCCACAGCACCACGCAGAUUUGUUUUCACUUUUAUAUCAAAGAAAGGAACUCGAGCACAAAUUUUGUAGAUAUGUGGACUCUGUUGAUAGAAGUUCUGGGAGGCAUUUUUAGGCUCAUUUUAAAGUUAUAUUUUUAUUAUGUCCCUUGAAUCUUGGGUAUAGUUUGUAUUGUAUUUGCAUUUUAAAGACAUUGACUUCAACAGACCCUAAUGAAAUGAAGGAAUGUAAUUGCUUACUGAAACUGUUAUAAGCGACGUCAUAAAUUGAAGCAAUUUUAACAUAAUGAAUAUGCAUUUAACUAAUUUAAAGCGGUUCAAAAUUAGGAAAUUUGAAUUAAGAAUCUUGUAGGCCAUUGGAUACAUGAUUAAGUAGGGCCAAUAUAUUUGUGCUUAUUAUAAUUACAUUUAUCCUUCUUCAUCUACCUUAAAGAGUGUUCAUCAUUUGUAUGAAAGCAUUUGAUCACGUUUCAUUUGAAAGAACUUUGCGGUAGUGUUUGCUUGCUUCAGUUACGUCACCGACAGUCUUGCAGCGCUUUCAGCGCUUUGAUUACCAAAGAGGCCGUUCGUUGGCGGUUUUAAUAACUGCGUUUCGUCUCGAUCUACGCUAGAGAUUGAUUUCUCGUGUAAAACGUGAACCGUGCUAGCACCAUUUGCCUUCAACGGGAUGUAUUGUUCAUGCAAGUAUGCGCUUACAACAGACUGGUCGUUAUGACUUUCGUCAUAAGACAUAUUUUUAUGAACAUCAUUGGCUAAGUCAUUAGUGUUUUGCUUUUCAGCAACAUAAGUGUUAUCCGAACGUACGAUUGGGCUGUUACUUAGCGUAUCUGAUACAUUGGCAUUUUGGCUAAUCAAUUGUGAUUUAACAUCAAUAAUAUUUGCAUAAAUAACUCGGCAUGAUUCCUGAAUACCGAAAGAAAGUUUUCUGUAAUUCAACUAUUUGUUGGCUUACAUCCUGCGUAGGAAGACGUGCGCGUAUUCUAUUAAUUGAGCUUUUAGAAUGUCCUGAAAGGAAAACACUUUCGUAAGUCACUCUUUCACAUCGGAGAAUAAGUCUGUAGACUUCUUUUGCUGAAACUUCAAGUCAUCAACGUCAGCCUGGAGCUUGAGCAGUGUGGCUAGGACAUCCGGUUCUUUAAGGCAGCCGGAAGCGGUGUGACCGUCAUCGGUGUCGACAUCUCGUGUGAUUGACAAUGAGUCAUUUAGUAACACGUUUGACGAUACAAUAUCGUGAAUCUCUGAGGUGCGUUCGCCGUCGAUAAAGUGUUGUAACACGUAACAGUCAGAUGCCAGCUUUGCGAACUUCGAGCUCUUAUUUGUCGAUUUUCUGGACUUCAGGCGACCGGACGGCCACCCAGAAGAUCCCCUAACGCGGUCACAUAUUGGUGUUGGCUGAGCUGCUGAUGGUCCCUUUUGUAGCGCGCCUCUAGCGUUUUUACAUAGCCCUCUCGCGGUAAAGCAUAGAGUUCGUCAUUAGUUUCUUGAAAGAACUGCUGCCCAGGCGGUAUCUGUGACAGCUGAUGUUCAUCAAGUGAUGCCCAACGAGCCAUACUAUAUACAGUUAUUACCGUUAAUUGGAUUGAGCGUGAACAGUUUUUAACCGAGCGCCGAGUUCAACGGGUCGGUGAUUUCAUUGAUUACCAAAGAACAAUGCAAUUAUCAAAUGUUACCUCGUAACUAUCCAAAUCACAAUUAUAUCCAUACGAAAAACACACAGUUCAAUUAUGCACUUCAAAAGCAACACGUCCAUAUAAAUAUUGUAAUAUAUCGUUCACAAAAUAUCAAGAUAUUUUAGCUUAUAAGUGCUAGCAGAAACGCUUGUUUCUGUCCGCCGCCAUAUUUAAUCCGCCCAUCAUUAACUUAACUUUAUUAAAUCAAUGAAUUACACAUUUUUUUACAAUUGUCUCAUCAAAAUGUAAUCGUAUUCUCCAUCACAAGAUUGCAUAUACUUAUCCUAGUUCAACACUUGAAUGCAGACUACCGUUCAGACUGUUUUCUGUUGUUAUUAUAUCAAGUAGACCAGCAUAUGAUAAUCAAACUACAUAACAUUAAUACUCCAAAAUGAGCUCUACGGACAAUCAAACUUUUCACGUUGUGGUUUACAUAAUUAUGGUUCUAUUCUUAGUAAUAUCUACGACGAUUGGACUUUACUUCGGUUUUUACAAAAAGCAAAGAACCACAGAAGAGUACCUACUAGGAGGACGGAAAAUGAACCUACUUCCGGUCGCCUUGUCGCUCGUCGUCACCUUCCAGUCAGCUAUAUCCGUGCUUGGAGUUCCGAUGGAACACUAUAUUUAUGACACGAUGACAAACUACAUGUUUGUGGCAAUAAUGAUUGCGAACGCCAUCCAGGCCCUCGUCUUGGUGCCACUUCUUUACCCGCUACGGCUCACCAGCACUUACGAGUUACUCUAUAUGGCCAUUGUCCUGCUUGCACCCGCUCUCGCACUUGAAGCUGUUGCUGGCAUUCCUUUAUGGCUGUCGGUAAUUGUGGUAGGUAUCAUUGGGACAUUUUACACUUCCAUAGGAAUAAACAAGGUCGGUGGCAUGAAACGCAUCAACUCCAUGUCGGCGAAUACACUGCAAGAUAUUCUCAUCGACGUCUUGAAGGACAAACAGUACAAGAAAACAAUGUUUGCAAAACUCGCUGUCUUAGUAUACGGCGCCCAUGCUGUUGGUCUUGCGUACCUAGCUCCUUCGUUGACGGGACCUAUCACACAGGGAGCGUUUGCAGGCGGAAUCAUCAGUAUUGUUGUAAACAUGUGGGUAGCACUUGGCUCCGUCCUUUACGGGGCAAAGGCCCCGACAUCCCUUCCUGUCUCAAUAGAAAGUUGCCUCACACAAAACCUGACAUCACUGUCCGCGUUCAACCUGACAAAUACACUUGCCACUGUUACAAACUUUACGACGCAAGUUUCUCAACCUUUUAGACUGAACAUGUUCAAGAAGGAACGCAUCUAA